AUGUAUCUUCCAUUUACGAUUCUCCUACCAUUUGUCUUCACAAUAUUGUCACCUUAUUUCGUAUCUCUCACACACUCCAAAGUUGCUCGACUUGGUAUUUCCACAACAACGAGACCGACAGAAACAGUAUUUGCCUCUGCUGAUAAUUCUGAUCUCAAUUUCUUCUACUACCAUCAGAAUCUCGACCAUUUUACAUUCACCCCGAAAAGUUAUCAGACGUUUCAGCAAAGAUACGUCAUCAAUGCCAAGCACUGGGCUGGAUCCAAAGCCAACGCACCUAUAUUAGCUUUUCUUGGAGAGGAAGCGUCAAUAGAGUCUGAUUUGUACGUCGGUUUUUUCCAAGAUAAUGGUCCUCGUUUAAAAGCCCUUCUCGUCUACGUAGAGCAUAGGUAUUAUGGGAAGUCUGUGCCAUUUGGAUCGGCGGAAGAAGCACUGAAGAACGCCAGUACGUUGGGGUAUUUGAACGCAGCACAAGCUCUGGCAGACUAUGCCGCGAUUCUCAUGCACGUUAAGGAGAAAUAUUCUGCGAAACAUAGCCCAAUUAUCGUCGUCGGGGGAUCCUAUGGUGGAAUGUUAGCGGCGUGGUUCAGGCUAAAAUAUCCACAUAUAGCACUUGGGGCAUUAGCAUCCUCAGCUCCUCUUCUCUACUUCGAAGAUACUCGUCCUAAAUUUGGUUAUUAUCAUAUCAUAACCAAAGUAUUCAAGGAAACGAGUAAGAGAUGUUAUAAAACAAUCCGUAAAUCUUGGAAAGAGAUUGAUAGAGUUGCUGCCAAAUCCAACGGUCUCUUGAUCCUUAGCAAAAAAUUCAAAACUUGCGCUCCAUUGAGCCGUAGCUUCGAUAUCAAAGACUUUUUGGACUCAAUAUACGCAGAAUCAGUUCAAUUCAACGGGAAUCCCGGUGAUUGGGUGGCUACAUUAUGCAACGCAAUCGACAACCCACCAAACCGUAAAAAUUAUGUACUUGACCGGAUUUUUGCAGGUGUUGUUGCCUAUUUUGGCAACCAAUCUUGCUAUGAUACUGAUUUGGUUAUACAGCCCUCAAACAAUGCAAUUGCGUGGAGUUGGCAGGGCUGCAGCGAAAUAGUGAUACCAAUAGGACAUGACAAACACGACACAAUGUUCCAAACGGCUCCGUUUAAUAUGACCAGUUUUAUUGACGACUGUAAGUCCAAAUAUGGUGUUUCUCCUCGGCCGCAUUGGAUCACGACUUAUUUCGGCAUUCAAGAUAUCAAGUUAAUUCUCCGAAGAUUUGGGAGCAACAUCAUUUUCUCUAAUGGAUUAGCAGAUCCUUACAGCGUCGGCGGGUAA